AUGGCCGGAACUGGCAGCAUAACCUCUUCCGCAACCUCGACAUCCCAAACCAUCAGCCACGACCCCUCCACACACAACAGCAUCAUGGCUGCCGCUCUCACAUCGCCAACCGGCGCUCCCUCGACAAUCAACAACCCCAUCGUCGCCUCCUUCCUCUCGGCCCUGGCCGACGAAUCCAACCGCCACGUCUUCCUGCAGCCGCCCUCGACCCUUCCCGCCGGAUCCCUCCUGCUCGCCAAGGAGACCCUCGACGCGCUCGCCUCCCAGGUCAGCGACCACCAGCAGGCCAAGCUAAAAGAGAUCGCGGCCACCAUCGGCGGCAAGAAGCGCAAGCGUGAGGCCGGCUAUGACAAGAAUGCUGUGCUCAAGAUCCGCAAGCUGCACGUCGACGAAGGGUUCGAGACGGAGCAGAUCUGGCAGCAGGCCAAGAAAAUCAUUGCCAGCGCCGUCAAGGAGGCUGGUGAUGUGCUGAAGGAGCUAGAGGAGAACGGCAUCGUGGGCACCGGCGAGGAACAAGAUAAGACUAUUGAGUUUGGAGAGGAUGGGUUUGAGCUUGAUUCCAACGAGGACGAAGAGGAUGGUGAUGACGAGUCUGGUUCUGGCUCUGAAGGAGAGGAUGAGGACGAUGACGAUGAUGAGGAACUAGAAGGAUCGGAGGGCAGCGGGAUUGAUGACGAUGAAGAGGUUGAGAUCGAUGGUGAAGAGGUUGUAUUCUCGGACGAAGACGGAGAGGGAGAGUUUGAUGAGGAGGAAGAGGAUGAGGAGGACGAAGAGGAGGAAGAGGAAGAGGAGGAAGAGGAAGAGGAAGCGCCAGAACUUGUCGAAGACCCCAACGGCCUCAACGACGGUUUCUUCUCAAUAGACGAUUUCAACAGGCAGACACAGUUGUGGGAGGAUGCGGAUGCCCGCGCGGACCCCAACGUCGAUGCCGACAGCGACGACGAACAGCUAGACUGGCAUGCCGAUCCUUUCGCGACCAAGCCAAAGUCCAAUAAGGGCAAGACCGACAAGAAGAAGGACGAAGACAAGGACGAGAGCGAUGUCGACAUGGGCGACGAAUCCGAAGACGACGAGGCCCUCGAGGCUGCUGCCGCCGCCCACGCCAAGAAGCUCAAGGGCAAGAAGAACGUAGAGCAACUCGAGGACGACGGCGACGAUCUCGGCCUGACAGAUGGGGUUCUCGGUAUGGAUAUGGAUCUUACCGCCAACGACAUCUACUACAAGGACUUCUUUGCGCCACCUCAACAAAAGAAGAAGACUGGCAACCAGAGGAAAGGAGGUUAUUUCCCCAAGAGGAAGUUGGAGGUGCCUGAUGAGGCCGAUAUGGAGAGGGCCGAGAACGAUGUGCGCCGCGAUCUCUUCGACGACCUUUCGGAGAACGAGGAUGACGAGGACAAGCUCUCGGAUCUUGACGCUGGUGACCCGAGAUCUCGUCGCUCCGCCCACGAGCGCAGGCAAGCCAAGAUUGCCGAGGAGAUCCGCAGGCUCGAGUCCGAGCUUGUUGCCAAGCGCGCCUGGACUCUGUCCGGUGAGGCUUCCGCGCAAGCCCGUCCCAUGAACUCGCUUCUGGAGGAAGACCUUGAAUUCGAGCACGUCGGCAAGCCUGUCCCCGUCAUCACCGAGGAGGUUUCCGAGACGAUCGAGGCGCUCAUCAAGCGCCGCAUUCUCGCCAACGAGUUCGACGAGGUCCUCCGGAGACGUCCCGACACGCUCGGCAACCCCAACAACGCGCGCCGCGGCCUCGUCGAGAUCGACGACGCCAAGGGCAAGCAGUCUCUCGCCGAGAUCUACGAGGAGGAGCACGUCAAGAAGGCCCAUGGUGACGAGUACGUCAGCGCCUCGGACGAGAAGCUCACGCGCGACGAGGCCGAGAUCAAGACCAUGUGGAAGGACAUUUGCGCCAAGCUCGACGCCCUGUCCAGCUGGCACUACAAGCCCAAGCCGGCCGCGCCCACCAUCAGCGUCGUCACCGACGUCGCCACUGUUGCCAUGGAGGACGCCAUGCCCACCACCGCCCAGGGCGUCACCGGUGGCGAGAGCACGCUCGCGCCCCAGGAGGUGUACGCCCCUGGCAAGGACAAGGACUCGGUGGAGAAGGGCGAGGUCGUGGCCAAGAGCGGUCUGCCCAUCGCCAAGGAGGAGAUGAGCCGCGAGGAGAAGGCCAGGAGACGCAGACGCGAGAAGGAGCGCAUCCGCAAGGCCGGCGGUCUGGAUGCCACCAAGAAUAUGAGCAAGGGUGCCCAGGACCGCAAGGAUACUAUGAGCCAGCUCAAGAAGGGCGGCGUCAAGGUUAUCAACCGGAAGGGCGAGACGGUUGGAUUGGAUGGCAAGAAGGUCGCGGAGCAGAAGGGUCCUACGUCGAGUGGUGCUUUCAAGCUUUAA